AUGAGCGGUGAGGACGGAAACGAGGAGUUCUACCGGCAGCUGCAGCUCCAGCAGCAGUACGACGCCGAGCCCAAGGGCGAAGGAGAAGCUGACCCCUUCACCUAUGUGGACCCGGCCGAUGGAGCCGCUUACGAAUGGGACCGGGAGAAGAAGGCCUGGUUCCCUAAGAUAACAGAAGAUUUCCUGGCAACGUAUCAGGCCAACUAUGGCUUCAAUGCAGAUGAUACAAACAGUUCAUCUGCUUCUGGCACAGCAACUGAAAGUAAGCAACCAGUAAGCUCUAAGACAUCUGGCACCCAACCAUCAGCAAAUGAGAAAGGACCACAACAAACAGAUCCAAAACAAAAAUCUGAAAAACGGAAGCUUGAGCCAGGAUGGUUUCAUGUUGAAGAAGACAGAAACACAAAUGUGUAUGUGACUGGUUUACCUCCAGACAUUACAAAAGAUGAGUUUGUACAAGUCAUGUCAAAAUGUGGCAUCAUUAUGCGAGAUCCUCAAACAGAAGAACACAAAAUCAAACUGUAUAAAGACAAGGAAGGAAAUCUUAAAGGGGAUGGCCUCUGUUGCUACCUGAAGAGAGAAUCAGUUCCACUUGCAUUAAGACUUCUGGACGAGGCUGAAAUUAGAGGCUAUAAAUUGCAUGUUGAAGUUGCAAAGUUUCAGCUGAAGGGGGAGUAUGAUGCAAGCAAAAAGAAGAAGAAAUGUAAAGACUACAAGAAGAAGUUAUCUCAACAGCAGAAACAGCUGGAUUGGAGGCCUGAGAAGAAAGAUGGAGCAACUCGAAUGCGGCACGAACGCAUCGUUAUUAUCAGGAAUAUGUUUCACCCAAAGGACUUUGAGGAGGAUCCCUUAGUGCUAAAUGAGAUCAGAGAAGAUCUGCGGACGGAGUGUGAAAAGUUUGGUCAAGUAAAGAAGGUUCUCAUAUUUGAUCGACACCCCGAUGGCGUGGCUUCUGUGUCCUUUAAAGAGCCAACAGAAGCUGAUGUCUGCAAGCUAACUCUAAAUGGGAGGUGGUUUGGUGGCCGUCAGCUCAGUGCUGAAACAUGGGAUGGUGUAACAGAUUAUCAGGUGGAGGAGACUGCAAGAGAAAGGGAAGAAAGGCUGAAGGUGUGGGGGUCAUUUCUAGAGGAUCCUGAUGCAAAGGAGCAGCAAACUGCAUCUGAUUCAGAUUCUACAAGUAGUGUGAAGCUGCCUGAAGGUGGACAGCCCUCAAAAGGGAACAACAUAUCAAAGGAGGAUGGAAAUGAUGAAGCCCAUAAGAGGGAGAAUAAUGGUGAGGGCAUUAAUGAAGAUGGUGCUCCAUCUACAGACAGCAGCCUUGCAGGCAGUGAUGGUGAAGCAGACACAUAACAGCUUUAAUGCUCAAUGGAAGCAUGGAGUUUAGGGUGAUGUUUGAGUUGAGUUGAGCCCUUUCUUUAGGGUGACUGCCGACACUAUUCAUAUGAAAAUCUGCAUAGUAGAGUUUCAUCCACUGUGUGCUUUGAAGUCUUCAUUAAAAGCAGUAUUUAAUGAGGUUCUAAAAGUCUGUAUUAAUUGGCUGUUCAGGUAAAGUAACUCAAGUUGCCAAGAAUGCAGUAAAACUCAUCAGGCUUCUUCUGUUCUAACGAUGCUUGUCAGUGUUCCAUUCUGUAAGUGUGAAAUGCCUUCCAAGCCUUCAGUUUAUGUAACUGUAUGUAACUUAAUGCAAAGCUAUUAGAAAGAUUUGUGAAUUUUACUGUUAAUUUUCCUGUACUUCUUGGAGCUCAGUAUCUCAUCCUUAGCAAUUACUCUUGUCCUGAGUACUUUAGAUUAUUUUAUGGAACAGAUGCUGUGGUGCGUCCAUGGACGAAUUGGACAUGUUGCUAUAUGUUAAGUAGCAAAUGCUAAGAGUAGUACCAAGUCAAAACCUUAAGAAGUGGAAAGCAAACAUUGCCAUAGCCAUGAUAAGGCAAAGUGAGUGAAGAUGGAUUAGUAAGUCACAGCAUUCCAUAAAUCACCAUUUUUCUUUCCCUCUUUAGAUCUGUUGAGGCUGGAAUUAUGUCAAGGAGAGUAGAAAUGCAGGAGCACCCAUGUUGUAGGCCACAAUGAAAUAAGGCUGGUCUCGAGCUCUCAUGGUCUGUAUGCUGUAGGUAGACAAAACCGACUUUUGAUUGAUGUGUUGGGUUUGUUUAGUUUUUGCUUCAGUUUAAUGUUAGUGUAAAAGUUUUCAUUCAACUUUGUUAGAACGAUGAGUGAGUUCUCUGCAACGUUUUAGUUUAGCCUUACUUGCUCUUCUAAGUGGGGAGGACCUCCCUUAUUUCAUAAAAUUUAAAGACUUUUGGCAACUUGAACGACCUUUGUUGUGCAAAAAAUUAGGACACUUGAAAAUAUGCUCAUAAGUAAUCUUUGUUUUUUUCUAAUAGAAAAAGUAAAUAUUAGGCCUCUUAGAAUUGUUUCCAAAAGCAAGGAUUUAGAAGACAUUCUAACUUGAGAUAUUUGAAUCUGUGACAGGCUUUCAAAAAUAACUUUGAGGGACCUCUUUUCAGCAUAGCCAUUAAUUUAGACUCUCAUUAUUUUGAUGCCUAAGGUUAGAAGAAUAUGGGUUCAGGCACUGAAGAACUAAAAUAUUGCUGCUCAGUUCCUAGCACGCUGUUCAUAUGGAUAAUUCCUAGUGCACAUUUGUAAGGAGGAUCUUUGAAUGUUUUUAAUUCAUAUUGGAUUGCAAGAAACCAUAGAUGCUGAUUCUUGUCUUUCCAUCCUGAAGUAUUCAGAAUACUCUGAAAAUUGGUAUUUUCAACUUUUGUGCUCUGAGAUGACUUAGCUAUUUUGUCCAGAGGUGUGUGUGGUACUUUGAGUUUGGUUUGUGUGUUGUUGGGGUGUGGUUUUUUGGAAAUCUCUGAUGUAAUCUGCCUGGGUAGCUCUGCCAACCAGAACCAUCUGAAUUAACCCUCACCACUGUGGUCAUGAGUGACAUCUUUUUGUGACAGAGGUGACACUUGGAUUCAGGAUGUCAAAGUCUGGGAGCUCAUUACAAGCUGCUGUGACGAAUUGCCAGUUUGGAGUUGCAUCCUACAGAAGAGCUGUAACUCCCUCCAGCUCAUCUUUACAAGUGUGUGAAUUGCAGGUUGCAGCUGGUGGAACAGUUCAGGGCAUCUGAAGCACUACCUGGUUUGUAGCUGCACAUAGUGGUGCAUUCAGAUUACAUCUCUUGAGCUGUGUUGGUUCUGCCUUAGUUAUUUUUAUUGCUAAUAAGCACUACAGACCUUUGAGGGUUGGAAGUGUUUGCAUAUGAAGAGUGUCAUUUAGUAUGGUGGGUGUUGCUUCCAGUGCUCUUCUUUUUUUUCCUUCCAGGUUUUAGACUUCAGACUUUAGCUCUGAUAAACUGUUGUGUUUGGUUAGCUUUUUCUUUUUUUCUUUUAAGAGAGCUUAGUCAUAUAUAACACUUCACACAGUUAAAUCACCUGUUUGACAGUGGAAUUGCAACUGAUCUGGGGAAACCAUUGACAAGUGUAUAAAUAUUGUACAGUUCUAUGAAGCCUUAUCAUGGUGUCAGGAUAGGAAAACAAUGAGGUUAGUGUUAGUAUUUGGGGGGGGGAAAAGACUUUGAAAAAAAAAAUAAAGAAUCAUAUGUGCAGUAACCUUCCUCUCUCCAGCUGGUGUACAAAUCUGAUUGGCUUGCUUCAAAAGUCAAAGAUGAUGUUUAGUCUUUUCACCUCUUCCUUCUAGACUUCACACUGAAGUAGAGCACUGUCAGAGGCUGAGACCAAAUGCUUUCCUGACUUUCCUAUUAACUAGGAUCCUUAAGCAAACAAAAGCUGGUGGGCCCUGCAAGCCUGGUGUGCUGGAGCGCGGCGUUACGCUCAAACGGAUCGUUUUCCUUGUCUCUACCUCUCGUUGUUCCCCAGCAAAAUGUACAAAUCUAUUUUUGUAAACUAUUGGUUGAGUUCUGGAGGCAUUGAGUAGCCUGUGGAGAAGUUAAAAGGCAGCUGUGACUUUCUUUUCAGCAGUUUGGCAUUGAGACCGAAGUGGUUUAUUUUCAUUUGUAAGGUGAUGCCAGUUUUUUAUAAGAUGAACCUGAACAUGGAAUUAAUUUAGUAAAGUUAAAGUUACUAUUUUGAAGUAUCAGUGUGAAACUCUUGUAGUAGAGAGCAGUAAUGUUCAGUACCCACUUUUAACAGGUAGGAACCUGAGCAGGCUCCCUUGCUUUUUAAACCUGCAUUUUCUUCGGACUGAACAGCGUCGUAAAUAAAUUGGUCAAAGAAGUUAAAAGCCCACAGCAAUGUUCACUAUGCAUGCUUCUUUAAUUAAAAGUGCUUUCUAAUGACUUGGCUUUGCUCAUUAGAAGUGACAAAAUCAAACUGUUUGCUCAGUUCGGGGUUUUUUUUGGUUUUGGUUUUUUUUUCCUUAGGCUCCAUCCCUGUAUACCAUGUGUUCCUUCAUCCCUAGGUUUUGGUGAGGGAUUGAUUUGAAGCAAAACCAGUCCCCUUCCCUCUGUCUAGUACAAAAAGUAACUAGCAGCAAGUUGAAACAGUUUGUGGAUAAUCAUCAUAGCUCAGUUUUGAAGUAGAGAAAGCUGUUUCUUCUAAUUUACCCAGUGUGGGGAAAAAAAAUGGGUGUGAAACCACUUCAACGUAUCAGCAGAGGAAAAGGGUAUUAAACUAACUGCUGCUUCAGCACAAUUCAACAUAAAUAAUCACUUUCUUAACCACCUAAUACAGUUGCUUAACCUCAAGAUACAACAGCAGUUUGCUGGUUUGUAGUGGUUUGCUGGUGAGGCAAUUGUCAGAAGUUCCAAGUAUUCAUCAGAGAGAACAUGGUGUGAGGAGCAUGGCCAAGGUAGGCAUCUGGAAACAAAAAGCCCCCAAAAGAAAAAAAAGCAAGAAGCAAAUUUGUAGCAGAUCCCUGAAUGUUCACAUAUGGCUGUAAAGAGAGAAUUAGUUUCAUUUUGCAUCAAAAUGUUUAUCUGUUUCUCCUCCUGACUUUUUAAUUUUAAUUCCUUUUUUUUAAUUGAAUUUCAGUCCCUCCUACAAUUGACCAUUUGUAGAAGGAUUGCAAUUCACUUAAAAAUCAUUCCUACCUUAAAUGCAGUGCAUUUUAGCUACAAAAUGUCCUAGAUACUAUUCACUUAAGCUUAAUCUAGUUGCAAUUAACAAAUUCAUUCAUGAAAGAAAAGUUAAAAGGUAUCGGAUGCUUCAUGGAAACCCAAACUUGCCUUUAAAAUGUUCCAGUCAAAAGGCUGUUGGUCAGCAAAACUAAAUUCUUGCAGUGGUGUAACCUAAUCAAAUUCUUCAAAAGGGAAAAAAAAUAAUACCUAUCUAGGGAUUUUAAUUGAAUUUUAAAUGCUUCUGUUUAAUUUCUGACUUUUGAGGAGACAAACUGCAGUAUGAUCCCAGAAUUGUGUAUGUUGUGUAGUUGUUUUGAUUUGACUUGUGUGUAUUUUUUAGUGCUCAUUAGCCAAGGCUUGAAGUCUUUACUGUCAGGAUAUCCUGAAAGCUCUGUAAAAUAAAUACAUAGAGAUUGGUAAAAAUCUUUUGCUCAUUGUGUGAUACAAAAGUCUAUUGUUGGAUUAAACUUUGCAGUAAGUUGACUUUGAAUUUUUCUGACAGGUUAUUUUUUGGCUUUGGUUUGUUUUUCCCCCUUGGAGAAGUUGAAUUGAGGGUUUUUCAUUGCUCCUUUAGAAAACCACCCUCUAGACCUGUGACAGCAGCUGAGA